CUGGAAGAAGAAGAACGAGAAGAAAGAGACCAACCAGAGAGGGUAGCUCGUUCAAAUGAUACUCUUCUUGAGAAGAUUGAGAGGACAUCUGUUGGGAACGAGGAUAUUCUACGAAUCCUCGUUGCCAGUGAUAUACAUGUUGGAUAUGGUGAAAACAAAUCGAAUUUGUAUCUCGACUCUAUCAACAGUUUUGAAGAGGUGCUAAAAAUAGCUGUAGAAAAGAAGGUGGACAUGGUACUCCUAGGUGGCGAUUUAUUUCAUGAGAAUAACCCUUCCCGGGACAUGCAGCAUCGAGUCAUUCAACUUCUUCGUCAAUAUUGUUUGAGCGAUAACGAGGUCAAUCUGGAGUUCUUAUCUGACGCUUCCAUUAAUUUUGACCAUAGCCGCUUCGACCGAGUGAAUUAUGAGGAUGCUAACAUAAACGUUGGUCUGCCUAUUUUCACAAUUCAUGGGAAUCACGAUGAUACUGCUGGAAAGGGAUUAACGAUACUCGACGUUUUACACGAAGCUGGGUUAAUCAAUCUGUUCGGCAAAUUUUCUAAUAUCGAUCAAUUCGAUGUCAGCCCUAUUCUCCUGCGGAAGGGUUCAACUCGAGUGGCUCUCUUCGGAAUCGGUAGUCAAAGAGAUGAUCGCCUCUGUAGAGCGUUUGCAGGCCAUACUAUACGAUUCCUUCGUCCACGAGCAGGCUAUGACGACUGGUUCAAUAUCCUAGUACUCCACCAAAAUCGUCCAGUAAGGUCCACUCAUCGAUCAACUGGUGCCUAUCUUCCCGAACAAUAUAUUCCUACGUUUUUUGAUCUUGUGAUAUGGGGACAUGAACAUGAAUGCAAACCACAUUGCCAGUAUGUUGCAUCAUCUGAUGCUAAAGGCGAUGGGUUUUACGUUCUUCAACCGGGUUCGACAAUAGCUACAUCGUUAACGAAGGAGGAAGCUUUGCAGAAAAAUGUUUUUCUUAUUAAGGUAAAAGGACGAAAAUUUCAAUGUAAACCAAUUCCACUGCAGACUACUCGCCCAAUGAUUGUUGAUGAAGUUAUUCUUGACUGUCUACCGGAAGGUGUAAGGCUUCCUGCCAAUGGUUUGCGACCAUCAGGAGGCGGAUUUGUAUUAGACGAAAUGAUCAUUAACGACAAAAUUGAAGAGAUGAUACGUGAAGCAGAGAGUAAGCGAGGGCCACAGCAACCGAAACUUCCUCUCCUGCGGUUAAAGGUGAUAUACGCUGGACCGUGGGCUGGUUUGCAACCUAUCAAUGGCCGUAAAUUAGGCAUGAGGUUUGAGGACCGUGUUGCAAAUGCUGCAGAAGUAGUAGUGGUAAGGAAGGUUGGUGAUAUUUGGUUUUCUCUAAACAUCUUUUCGAUAUCGCAGAUGUCUACUGCUCGUAAUAUGUGA